AUGGAUUCUGAGCCUUCCUGGACUGCCAUUCCCUCCCUCUCCCCUGGAGGUACUCUGCCUGUCCCCAAUGCCACCACACCCUGGCUGGGCAGGGAUGAAGAGCUAGCCAAGGUGGAGAUUGGCAUUCUAGCUACCGUCCUGGUUCUGGCCACAGGGGGCAAUCUGACUGUACUACUGACACUGGGCCUCCAGGGCCACAAGCGCUCCCGAAUGCACCUUUUUGUGCUGCACUUGGCCCUGACUGACCUGGGCGUGGCGCUUUUCCAGGUGCUGCCUCAGCUGCUCUGGGACAUCACUUACCGAUUCCAAGGCUCUGACCUCCUCUGCCGGGCUGUCAAGUAUCUACAGGUGCUCAGCAUGUUUGCUUCGACUUACAUGCUGCUGGCUAUGACACUGGACCGAUACCUAGCUGUCUGUCACCCUCUUCGAAGCCUCCAGCAGCCCAGCCAGUCCACCUAUCCUCUCAUUGCUGCUCCCUGGCUGCUGGCUGCCAUCCUCAGCCUCCCUCAAAUUUUCAUUUUCUCGUUGAGAGAGGUGAUCCAGGGUUCAGGGGUGCUGGACUGCUGGGCAGAUUUCUACUUUUCCUGGGGCCCACGUGCCUACAUCACCUGGACCACCAUGGCCAUCUUUGUGCUGCCUGUGGCAGUGCUCACAGCCUGCUACAGCCUCAUCUGCCACGAGAUCUACAAGAACGUGAAAGUCAAGACACAGGCUGGCAGAGAGGAAAGAAGGGGUUGGAGGACUUGGGACAAGUCCUCAUCUGCUGCUGCUGCUGCUGCUGCUGCUGCUGCUGCUACUGCCACUAGAGGGCUGCCAUCCCGGGUCAGCAGCAUCAGCACCAUCUCCAGGGCAAAGAUCCGAACUGUGAAGAUGACCUUUGUCAUUGUGCUGGCCUACAUUGCUUGCUGGGCACCUUUCUUCAGUGUCCAGAUGUGGUCUGUGUGGGAUGAGAAUGCCCCUAAUGAAGAUUCCACCAACGUGGCUUUCACCAUCUCGAUGCUGUUGGGCAACCUCAGCAGCUGCUGCAACCCCUGGAUCUAUAUGGGCUUCAACAGCCACCUGUUGCCACGUUUUCUGAGUCACCAUGCCUGCUGCAGGGGUUCCCAGCCCCGAGUACACAGGCAGCUCUCCAACAGCAGCCUCGCUAGCCGCCGCACAACACUGCUAACCCACUCCAGUGGUCCAUCGACUGACCAUCUCAGCGUUUACCUCAGCCUCCGUGCAAAGCCCAGGCCUGCAGGGUCACUGAAGAAUUUAGAUGGAGAAGCCACUAUGGAGACCAGCAUCUUUUAGAGAAGACACCCUGGAAUCUGGCUCUGCGCAUCUCAGGAACUGGGAAUAUGGGCUAGAAGGGUCAGGGAUGGUACUGAGUGAAGCCUAGUUUAAGGCAGGGUAAAGACGCCAGAAUGACUGCCACUACUCUAGCUGUCAUGGCAACCUCUAGCGUGAGUGUGCCAUUCUCUCUCAAUUGUAGAUCUUUGGAAAUCAGGAGACUUAAUCUCCCUGUUGCUGUCACAUUCAUAGAGUUCCCAUAAACAUACCCAACUGUUAGCUACAGUGUUCUAAAUCUGGAACAGGCCUACAUGGCACUGUCAGCUCAGAGGCUUGUCUCAUUACUUGGCUAACUGUUUCCAUUGUAAUCUGACUGGUACAUCUCAGGGCAAUUAGGAGAGGAAAGAACAGAAGAUUAUUAGGAAGAAGAACAGGUAUGUGGCACUUCCAGUUAUGCCCACGAGCAUCCAGAACAGAAGUGGUCUGAUGGUGAUAUGGGACAUGGUACCUAGUAGAAAUCUGGUCAAUGCUAGUUCUUCUCCCUCAUCACUCUUGCCACAGGAUGGGUGGCAUGGGGACACACCAUGCAUUCUCAGUGGUAUGGUCUACUCUGGCUGAGAGAGGGAGAAAGAGGAGAGGGAAGAGAGAAUGUGAAAGGUCACAAUAAAAUCAGGAGCAGGAAUGAGCUGUCUUCCUCGUUUCCUCCAGGGAUCCAGACUUCCUGGGACUGUGAGAAGCAGACUUCCUUUUUAAAGAAAGCCAACAUAAAUCAUGGCUGUAGAAAUCCUUGAAGUACUAGGAUUUAACCUAAGUAUCUUCUCUGCCCUGGGAAGCCACCUCCACUUCCCAUGCUUCAGACUCACCUAUAGUGAGAUGGUCUCUAAGGUCUUUCUUGGCUCUAUUCUUCUAUGGCUUUGCAAGACUGGAACUGGGUAAUAACACAAAAACACAAAGAAUGUUCUAACAAACAGGCUCAAGAAUUGUUCCAUUUUCAUAAGUUGCAUAUACACCUUGACCUCAGCUCUGGUAGGUUCCACCAUAGCCAAGCUGGUCAUUUUGAUCUCAGUUCUGUAUUGAUGAAUCCUCCUCCAAGGUAGGAAGAGAGUGAGGAAAGUGAAACCUAGGGUGUUACCCCACUCUUCCUGAUUAUUUCCAGGGGAGCUAAAAUAUUAGGGGAACUUCUGCACCUCGGUUCUGAUUCCAAGGGACAACCAAGAUCAUACAAAAACACCAGCCUGCUGUAGGGAAGGGCUGGUCCUGUCUCUGCCCUAGCAAUGACCACUGUAAAAUGCUGAGCCUGGCUAUCUCAGUUAUGAGAGUCAGACAAAGCGGGUAUAAAUGUGUGGUUUGCUAUUACUGCGGAGCUACAAGCUUUUGAGUAAAGCUCUAGGGAACACAAUUUCUCUGCCCAUUCCUUUGCGAAGCUUUGAAGAGUGACUAUGGUUUUGUAAAAACACUUCUCAUGUGUCUUUUUUUUUUUUUUUGUCAACUUGACAAAAAACAAGAAGAGGGGAUCUCAUUUGAGGAUUGCCUCCAUCAGACUGGUCUGUGGGCAUGUUCUUGACUGGUUAUUGAUGUGGGAAGUCCAGCCCAUUGUGGGCAGUGCUGCUCCUAUGAAGGCUGUCAUGGGUUUUAUAAAAAGAGAAGGCUGACCUGAAAACAUACAUACAAGUCACACAAUACAGACUGAGCAGUUUGUAUUUAUGUAUUUAGCAAUAUAUGUGUCUAUACAUGUACAUAUAUGUAAAAACAAUCAAUGAAAAAGGCAAUGACUUUAAAAAAAGAGAAGGGAAAGAUAUGUGGGAGAACAUGAAAAGGGAAGAGGGAGAUAUAAGUAUACUAUAUUCUCAAAAAAUAAAAGAAAUUAUUUUUAAAAUAAAAAAAGAAGAAAAACUGAUCAAGCUAUGGAGAGCAAGCCAGUAAGCAGAAUUCUUCCAUGGCCUCUGCUUUAUUUUCUGCCUUCAGUUCCUUCCCUGACCUCCUACCCUGACUUCCCUCAGUAAUGGAGUGUGACCUUGGAGUUGUAAGCUGAAACAAACACUUUCUUCUCUAUGUUGCUUUUGGUCCUGGUGUUUAUGACAGCAACAGAAAACAAACUAGGGCACUUCUUUAAGAGCAACUCUGCCAUGAGAAGUUCACUUAGGAUUCCUUGAACG